CACUAAUGCCGUGCCAGUCCUGGUCCUCGUGAUCUCUCCUGCUUCAUUUAGAUGCCAUUAAAUUGCCUCAUUGCCACCCUAUAAAAGGCCUCUCCAACAGCCAACUCCUUAGAUCCCUGGCUUUUUCCUGUCUCGCUCCUGUCAGCGAAGAGGAUUUUGCAAAGCCACAGGAAGAUGUGUGACCAGCAGAAGCAGCCACAGUUCCCCCCAUCUUGCGUGAAAGGCUCAGGAUUAGGAGCUGUGCAGAGUACUAAAGGUACCUCUGUGAAAGGCCCAGCUCCAUCCCAGACUCAAACCUGCAUGAAAUGCCCAGCUCCAUGCCAGACUCAAACCUAUGUGAAACGUGUAACUCCUUGCCCAACCCAAACCUAUGUGAAAUACCAAGUGCCAUGCCAGACUCAAACUUAUGUGAAAUAUGCAGCUCCUUGCCAGACAUAUGUGAAGUGCCCAACUCCGUGUCAGACAACCUAUGUGAAGUGCCCAGCUCCGUGCCAGACAACCUAUGUGAAGUGCCCAGCCCCCUGUCAGACCCAGACGUGCUAUGUACAGGGCCCUUCUUCUGGCCAGACCUACUACGUUCAGGCUCCCACAAGUGGCUUGGCCAUGUCGUGCUGCACCCCUGACCCAUCCUCUGCUCCCAGUUCCACCAGCUACUGCUGUCUGGCUCCCCGGACCUUCGGGGUGAGUCCCCUGAGACGCUGGAUCCAACGGCCCCAGGACUGCAACUCAGGAUCAUCUGGCUGCUGUGAAGAUUCUGGGUGCUGUAGCUCCGGGUGCUGUGGCUCCGGGUGCUGUAGCUCCGGGUGCUAUGGUUCUGGGUGCUGCUGUUUGGGAAUUAUCCCUAUGAGGUCCCGAGGUCCUGCAUGCUGUGAUCAUGAGGAUGACUGCUGCUGUUAAAUACAGAAUGGCCCUGCUCUACCUUCUGGAACCUUCACCAGCCUCUGGCCCCCUCCCUGUAUUCCUGGUGAUGUAGAAUCUCACUGCUUCACCGUGUACUGUGCUUCUCUAUCAAGGCAGCCUGCCAGAGUUAGCGCACCCCCAACCUUUGGCAAGAAUAAAGCUCUGAAUGCAAUUCACAGUGACA